CCCUCCCAUUGUUGUCACUCUACGUAUUAAUAAUCGUACCACCAAAAACGUGUCUUUAUAAGGCUGAGGACAGCGUGGGAGAGGGGCUGCUGUCUACGGGCCAAUGGUGCUGAAAGCGCAGAAAAUGUGGUCGAUGAUCUUUGUUUUUUUGUCCUAUCUGGACAGAAACUUCGUAAAGGGCCAGUUUCUAAAUGAUUUGCUGGAUGCAGAGACAGAGAACAGCGAAGUAUUUUAUAUGCUAAACGGCACCUUCUGCGGCAGGAGUACCAGGCUUGCGGGAAACUACCUCCACCAAGUGUCGGAUGGCGCCGAGGAGGUCCGCACGCUUCGAGAUCUCGCCGGGGACCUUGUUGACUGCUCCGUAACACGCAGCCAGAUGGAGGUGAAGUCCUUCAUGCACGUGUGCAGAUUGGGGCUGAAAGAUCACAGGCACAAACUUAUAGAUUCACAUAAAAGUUUACUUAACGUGGCCGAGGCGAAGUCACACUGCCAGGCUUUCUUGAGAAGGGGCACCGGCUCACUCUCAGCAGGACCAGGUGAACAGGAUAAAAGCGAUGUCGGCGUGGAGACGGGUCGGGCACAUCGCAGAAUCAAACGCGGCUUCACUUACCCCGGGACGCUGUGGUGUGGAGCCGGAAACAUCGCCGAUAACUAUGACCAACUUGGUGAAUUCGCGGCCACUGACAGCUGCUGCCGGGUCCACGACCACUGCCCAUACGUGGUGCAGGCCUUCUCUACAAACUUCGGCUAUACCAACUUUAAAUGGCACUCAAUCAGCCACUGCGAGUGCGAUAACGCGCUGAAGGAGUGUUUGAGAAAGGUAAAUGACACGUCCUCCAGAGUGGUGGGUCAGGCCUUUUUCAACGUCAUCGAGGUGCCGUGCUUUGAGUUCGCGCUUGAGGACCAAUGCGUGGAGCGCCACUGGUACGGCCUGUGCAAAAGGUAUGAUAAGGUCCCUAUUGCCGUGUUGAGGAAAUCCAUACCUUACGAUUUUGGAGGUAUCGACGUCAUCGACACACUCACCCUAGCCCCAUGGGUACGGAAGGUCCCAGACACGCCAGAGAGUGCCACCCAGCCAUUAACGUCCAGCUCCCGAGCCGCUGGCAAGGAACCAUCCAUCGGGAAUGUGGCGACGGUUGCGGAGGACUUCAUCAAAGUGCUGGCCACGGUCUCCACCUCGCAUAGCUCCACCACCGAGGCCGUGAGGAAGGAAGCACACAGAGGCGACAGGAAGAAGAAGAAGAAGAUGGACAGAAAGAUGAAGAAAAAGAAGGACAAGGGACAGAGGAGGAAGCAGAGGGUGAGCGCCCUCUCCAGACCAGAAGAGGCCACUGCUGUGAUGCCCUCGGGCCGGAGAACAGAGGAGACCGUCAACGAUGGUCUAUUAAACAAGGAUCACACACUGGAGAGAAAUGUCAACGUUUUGACAGAGAGCAUGCCGCACGUGGGAGUCCUUUCCCACAAACUCAUUAAAGAUGAACCGCAAUGGCGGCCAGCUGACCGGUCUGUCAGCCCAGCGGCUCCUCCUACAGCAGCCAGAGCUGAACCCCCAGAGUCGGGACACCAGUCUGGCAGCGCUGAAGUGUCCAGCGUGUUCCUGUACAAAGGAGAAAAGCCAGAGGGAAGACGAGGGAGGGGGAAGAAGGCGAAGAGAACUCCCACCUCUGCUCCAAGAAGUUCCCUCGGUGCUGAAGCAGAGACAGACGCGGGGGGCAGAACCCCCCCCUGCAGCAGCCCCCCCGCUGAGCAGCCGGUCCCGGAAAGCCACACACACACCAGCCAGCCCCAGAAGACCCCAAGACACAAGCCAAGGCAUAAUGUGGGACCAAAAAAGAAAAGGGAAGACAUGACUUUUUCUCUUUCUGUGGAAAGACCUGUUUUUAGCAUCCCGCUUACAGCUGCACUGCGAACUGCCCCAGACCGCAAAGCAAAGGGCCGCGCUGUUAGCACAGCUCUACACACCGUCAGCACCGAAACCCGCGGACGGCUUGAGCCGCGAAACUCAGAGGUCCACGGCGAGAGGGCAGCCCUGCGCACUUCUACAGGCCCAAUCUCCACCCGGCCUCUCAGAACCGAAAAACAAAAGCGCAAAGCCAGUCGAGAACAAAAACCAAAGAGAAGAAUCGUUCCCAUGUAUCCCUCUGUACCUCCGGUCAUGGGCAAACUGCAAGCGACCCCCCAGCCUCAGCUGCAGCAGUCUUGGCUCACCUGGGUGCACAGGAUGCUGGGGAGUUUGGGCAAUGCGGCCUGAAACAUCCCCCCCACCCCGGGGAGAGAUCUUCCACUGCAGCCUCCUGCAGGUGGGAAUUAGAGCAAAGAUGUGGGCAAGAGAGGUAGGGAAGUCUGACCACCCCUCUCAUUGCAAGCUAGUGUCUCCAUUCAGGCAGUCCGAAGCUUAGAAGGGGACAGGAUUAAUAUCGCUGAAGGAGGAGCUGAACUCCUAAUUUUAUUGGGAAAGACACCAUGUAGAUUCGACAUAAUUACCACUGUAUUAUGCAUGAAUGAUUCUGUGAAAGCAUAAUACUGACAAAAGCAGCUUUUUAGUAAUACUGCCUGGUAACAUAUACAAAGCUGUGAGCUUGAAUAUUUGCAAAAAAUGACACUCAGGGCUUCCUUCUGUAACCUUGCGUAACCCCCAGAUCAAUAAAAUGCUGAUUUUUAAAGGGCCGUGUGGGUCUUACAGGUUACCAUUGUUUAGGAGUCCAUCCAUCCACAGGGCAGCAAUCCGUCGCACGGGGCACGAGGAUGAAGGAAUAAGGAGCCACUUCUCAUGGCUGCGCACACAGAGUCAGGCUCUGUUUCGCAUUCCUUUGGGCCUUGGGGUCUCUCCUGGGGGGCUGGGGGCUUUGUGUGUCACUGAGUCACUUUCCUCACAGGGGGAUAAUCGGCACACUCCCUGCUGUGAGCAGGGGCCUGACGUGUGGCGUGGGAUCAGUCGCAGAUCCUCCACGCACGCCGCACCAAACGAUCUCGCUGGCAGGCGGCUGGUUUCUGGCAUUUAAGCCACAAGUAUUUGCUUAGCUGACAUUUUCAGGCGCGAUGCGUCUGCCUCCCAAACAGCUCCACUGUGUGGUAACUGAAAUAAAAGAUCACGUAGCAAAUAGCAGAAGAAAGACAUGAAGCUGAGCCCAGGAAGGGAUGUUGGGUGAGCUUCGCCGUCUGCGUGACGUGGCAGGAAGCUGCCCUCACAUGCUCUCCCCCUCUAGAGUCUCCCAGGCUGCCGUCAGGCUCGGCUCAGGCCUGCUAACCCUGCUUGAAAUCUUCAGAAUUGCCCUGAGAACAAUGGCCAGGCUAGACUUUCAACAACAGGCACUUUCACAAGGCAGUUUGACUGUGAGACUAACCGGGUCGUUAUACUGCCCUGCUGCGGUGGGCUGGCAGGGGGGAGGACAGGAAACACAGAUACCCGACAAUGGAUCCAGUUGUUCCCACUGUCCCAGAUGCUGACACCCCCCGUCAAACACAAGACAUGCUUCAAACCCACUCAGAGACCUCAGUUCACCUCACUGCACAGAGUUGCAGGGGGAACGGAACCCACAAGCAGAGAGAAGUCGGUCACAGUGCAGGCCAGUGAGUCACUGCCCCCCACCCUCUGAGCUCGGCACAGACUUGCUCAGGGAGUCACAGAGCGCACACACGCACCUGCAGACUUGCAGCUGAUAUCAGGGGUCCAUAUAAACACGAGACGAUCGCUCCUUAUGAUCACGUACAGACAGUACACCUAGUGUCUGAUAACGGAACUGCAGCUCAGGCACAGGACAUAAAAUUAUAUAUUAGGUAAAGGCACAGAGAAUGGAUCAUUGAACAAUAAGUGCAAAAAUCACAGAGUAAGCGAGACAAGGUAACCUCAUUUCCCACUGUCUGCCCCCUAGUCGGUCCCGUGACACACGGCAGGAGGAGGUCUGCUAAUGUUGCCAUGGUGAGCACAGUUUCUCUGCUUGGAUACCAAAAAUAUAUAUAUAUUAAACAGUAACACUGCCUCUCGGACUCAGUGA